AUGUCGCUGAAUAGCUCGAAAAAGAUAAUAGAACUUAUUCGGACUCGAAAUCCGGCGCCACUAUUGGCAACACAAGAUAAAGGACACGAAUCAGUGCCAUCAACAGAAGUGACGAUGUUAACUGAUAUAACAAACAAUCCCGAAAAUCAGCAUUACUCAAACGUACAGGAAUAUUUUGAAGUUUUGGAAUCACCUUCAAUUAACAAUGAAAAUGACUUUCAUAACAUCACAGACAUCCACGAUUGCACUGAUGAAAAACAUUCCAAAUCUGAAAAUAGCGAUGUCGAUUUGAGCGAUCAAGAUUCGACAUACAUUCCAACUAAAAAGAAAAAGCAAAUACCAGUAUAUCCAAGUCGAUCAAGAUCAUCAGGGAGCUCCUCAUCUUCUACAUGUUCUUCAUCCUCAUCAUCUUCAGGAUCUUCGAGUGAUAGUUCCGAUACAGACUCCAGUAAUGAACAAAACAAAAUAAAAAAUAACAUUAUUCAGCAAUCAGAAAUGUAA